UACCGAGGAGAUAAACUGAUCAACCUGAAGCUCAUAGCUGACGAAGCACUACAGAAAUGCAGAGACAAGGGUGUCCCUAUACAGAAGUGUAUAAUGUUGAAGCACUUGUCUAAAGAAGCAGAAGAGACUCCUCUGGGCUCUCAGUCUCCUCCCGCCAAACGCUCCUGUCCUGAUCUGCAGGAGAAACAGACAGGGAGGGUAAAGAAAACUCGUCCUGUUCCGCAGGUCCCAUGGAACCCCAAGGUGGACUUGUGUUGGCACGCUCUGGUACGUGGAGCUUCAGACGAGUGUGAGCCAGAGUGGUGCAACUCUGAAGAUCCUCUCUUCAUCCUCUACACCAGCGGCUCAACUGGCAAACCCAAGGGAGUGCUCCACACCAUCAGCGGCUACAUGCUCUACACCGCCACCACCUUCAAACUGGUGUUCGACCACCAGCCCGACGACGUGUACUGGUGCACGGCAGACAUCGGCUGGAUCACCGGACACUCCUACAUCACCUACGGCCCGCUGGCCAACGGGGCCACCAGCGUCCUGUUCGAGGGCCUGCCUACUUACCCAGAUGUGAGCCGUAUGUGGGAGAUUGUGGACAAAUAUCAUGUUUCCAAGUUCUACACGGCUCCCACCGCCAUCAGGCUGCUGAUGAAGUACGGCAAAGAGCCGGUGCACAAGUAUAAGCGGGAAUCUCUGAAAGUCUUGGGGACGGUGGGAGAGCCGAUCAACCCCGAGGCCUGGCAGUGGUACUACAACGUGGUGGGAGAGAAGAGAUGUCCCAUCGUGGACACUUUCUGGCAGACAGAAACCGGUGGCCAUGUGUUGACUCCUCUACCUGCAGCCACACCCAUGAAACCUGGAUCUGCUACAUUCCCGUUCUUCGGAGUGGUUCCGGCCAUCUUGAAUGAGUCUGGAGAGGAGCUGGAGGGACCGAGCGAAGGGUACCUGGUGUUCAAACAGCCGUGGCCCGGUGUGAUGAGGACGGUGUACGGGAACAAGCAGAGGUUUGAAACCGUGUACUUCAAGAAGUUUCCAGGAUACUACGUCACAGGAGACGGUUGCCGUAGAGAUGAGGAUGGAUACUAUUGGAUUACAGGGAGGAUAGACGACAUGCUGAAUGUCUCCGGUCACUUAUUGAGUACAGCGGAGGUGGAGUCGGCUCUGGUGGAGCACGAGGCCGUUGCCGAGGCUGCGGUGGUGGGCAGACCUCAUCCUGUGAAAGGAGAAAGCCUCUACUGCUUCGUAACUCUGACAGAUGGACUGACAUUCAACCGCACGCUGGAGGCCGACCUCAAAAGACAAGUGCGGGAGAAGAUCGGUGCCAUCGCUACACCAGACUUCAUCCAGAAUGCUCCAGGCCUCCCCAAGACCCGAUCAGGUAAGAUCAUGCGACGGGUGCUUCGCAAAAUCGCUUGUGACGAACGAGACCUGGGCGACAUCUCCACGCUGGCCGACUCCUCGGUGGUGGACCAGCUCUUCCAGAACAGAUGCUGCCCCAACGUGUGAGGACCUCCAGGAUCCUCGCAGUGAGGCUCAGAUAGCAGCCGCAUGCUAGCGGCCUCAAACCCAACCAGGAAAGAAGAAGAAGAAGAAGAAAAAGAGGAGGAAAAGGAGAACCUACAUGAACUUGGUCUUGUCCAACAAACAACCUUUAGCUCCUGAUAAGUGUGAGCGGUGUGCAGCAGAGCCUGUAUUUAACCCCAUUGUCCUUUUAUUGUAAACAAGCAGCAGGUAGAGACACAACAUCUGUUACUGGUGGAGGUUUCACUCUUCUGUAGAAGAAGUAAUCAUUUUCAAAGCAGCAGACAAAGGGUACAAAUUAAACCUGUCUGUAUGUUGAAACGUUUUCCAGAAGUUGACCGAUUUGCUGCUUUUUCAAGAAACUAACAAGGCAGUGGUGUGUUCGAGGGCGAGAAGCCAGAGGCUGUUUGGUGAAAGACCGUCCCUGAGUCCAACGUGUGGAAGAGGUCGAGCAGGGAAAUACUUACUACCCAGUGUUACGCCAAUACAACAUAACAGUAUGUGCUCCUUUAAGAGAUGGUUCGUCUUUUUUGUUUAAGGUGGGGUUGUAUGAAGUACUUACCAGAAAUCAGUGUAGAACCUACUGCGGAUGUUAAGCCCCCAGUUGGGUGAAAGAAACAUAAAUAGCAGCAGCCAAACAUAUGGAUACAAUAUAAACAUUUGGACAACUUUGAAAUAAAUCUAUAUCAGCCUGAGUGUAUGCUAUAUUUAGAAUAUUUGUGCAACUCUAUCCUGCUGUCAGACACCUCUUUCUUACUGGAAACUGAAGUAAUUUUGCUAAAACAUUUACUUUGAAGAACACAGGAGUGGCUGAUUGACCGCUGCCUCGAUCAGUUGGUUGGUUUUUGUUAUUUUGUGACUAUGGUGUUUCUAAGGGUUGAUUCAGAUUCACCAAAGUCACACAAUAUCACAAACAACCCAACUGAUUAAGCAUUAGACCGUUAACCUUCUUUCUGUGUGAGGUAAAAUUACUUGUUUAGUUUGGAAGAGAGCCCAGAUAAUGGCUUAAAAACCCCGGCACAGCACUUUCUGACAGACGUGUUGCCUUACACUUAAACUGGUAUUGAUGUAUUUAGGUGGCUAGAAUACGUUUAGCUGCUGCCCCUCCCGACAGCAGCCCUUAGCUUAUCUUCCUGCCGGUUCUUCUGUUUCUUUCGCAAACUGGUAGUGUACCAUACGCCAUCUUCUGUGAGUUAUACACUCAAUAUUGAUAAAUACCUCAAACAACCCAACUUUAAAGCUGUCUCUUUAAAGUGUUUCCACACUGAAAUAAGGCUAAUGUGAAGUGCUGUAGUUAAUACAACAAGUUAUCUCCUCCCCUCGCUCGCUGCCAUAGAACUGUUAAGUAAACUGAUGAUUACGCUCAAUAUUUUUACUAGUUUUAAUUUCUAUUGUCAUUUUCUAAAAACAUGUAGUUUUGUGUCAUAUUUCUUUGGUUUUUGACAUAGGAUAUGUUGGGUUUGUCUGUUUGUGUGUCUGCACGCUGUAUUUUCUUUUACUUCUUCUAUUUGUUGAAGUUGCAGAGAAGUGCUUGGGCUAUUUCUUUUCAAUCUGGUGGAAAUUAGGAAAGUGUGUUCAGUGUCACGUCGCUCAGGACACCAAAUGCUCAGCUCCUCUCAAAGAAUCUGCAGGUCUAAUGUUAAAAA